GAACCGAACUGAGUAAGAAAGCAAUGUUGAUGCUCAUUUGCAGACUUUCUAAUGUUCUACAACAAUUACAACUAAGACCUUAAUCUAAACUAUAUAUUCCCAGCGUGGUAUCUUCAUGCAGAAAUGCUGCCUGCUAAGUCAAUGCCUGAGAGGGCAGGGAUGCAACAAGUCAGCUGCCUAGGUUUUCGGAUGCAGCAUAGUUUUCAUUAACUCCGCUUCCAGCAUGAGACUGUUCGAUUGUUGCUGUUGUCCUCAGACUGUUGUGACUUAUGGUUCUGCAGUUGGACAUUGCAUGACCGGCGAAUUUGUAUCCUCUUCAGUCUUCACUAGAGGUGGAAUGGCAGAAGUCCUAGUCACCAGUUUUACAACAGACACUCCUGGGCAGACAAAAAAUGGCCACCUCUUCCAAGGGAUGGAUGACGUUUCAGGAUUUGGCCUUCUACAUACAUCAAGAAGAUGUGUGAAGCUGAUGAAUUUCCAGGAGGAGGUGAGCGCUCAUCGGGAUCUAGAUGGGUUCUUGGCUCAGGCCAACAUCCUACUGGAUGAAAAGGCAGCCUCCCUGGACGAAGUACUGCGCAGAAUGCUGGACCAUGUGGCCACGGACGGGCUGGGCAGCUGCAAUGCGGACGAGGUCAUGAGUGCUCUGUUUAUAGAUGCUGGAGAACAGGGUGCCAAUGUUCACCUUUUGACCGAGACCAUUCAGGGUGUGACAGCAACAACCACUGGAGUUUGUUACCAGCAGUCCUGGAUCUGUGUGCUCUGUAACGUGAAGACUCUUCAGAGACGAUGUGUUUGCAUUACCCGUCUGGAGCGGCCACAGAACUGGGGUGUUAACUGCUGUGAGGUCCGCUAUGUUAUCCUCAUCCUGGCACCGCCUCGAACAAAAAGUACAAAGACUGCCAUAGAGCUCGGUCGCACUUUUGCCACCUUGUUCUCAGACAUCUCAUUUACACAGAAACUCCUGGAAACUAAGACCCAGGAAGACUUCAAACAGAAGCUGGUGAUUCAAAGGCAGCAGCUCUCCACUGCCAUCCAGAAGCCCUCGGUGGAGGAAGAGAUCGACGCACAAAGCAACAAACCACUCAAGGUCAAAGAUUUCCUAAGAGCAGGUCAUGGCAUUUAUGAGGACUUGUGCCGCAGGCUUCCACUGUACCUGUCCGACUUCACAGAUGGUAUUCUGGGCUCUGACAGAUCUUUGCUGAAGUACACCACCACGGCCAUCUUCCUCUACAUUGCUAUCCUGCUGCCAGCGAUUGCGUUUGGCUCUCUGAAUGAUGAGAGCACUCGAGGAGAGAUAGAUGUUCAGAAGACUAUAAUUGGUCAGAGCAUUGGAGGAGUGAUUUACUCUCUUUGUUCUGGGUCUCCGCUGGUCAUCCCUCUCACCACAGCACCUCUAGCCAUCUUCAUCAGUGUGAUCAGAGGCAUCUGUGAUGACUAUGACCUCGACUUUCCUGCAUUUUACGCCUGCAUUGGCCUCUGGAACAGUUUGUUCCUCAUACUAGGAGGCAUCUUCAAUGUCGGCCUGUUUAUGAAGCUCUUUAAACGUUCUACAGAAGAAGUGAUAGCUUUGUUCAUCUCCAUUGCCUUUGUGGGUGACGCCUUGAAAGGCACCAUAAACAUAUUUCAUAAAUAUUACCAUGGCCCUAUACUUGUCAAUGGAAGCAAAGAGGAUCUGCAUCGUUUGGGUGUAAUGCUUCUUCAGACAGUGAACGGAACAGAGAAUGGAGGCUCACUGCCUGCAUCAAUGGUUCUAGGCACUAGGGAGCUCCCAAUUCUCUGCCUACUGCUGAUGCUGGGAACACUGUGGCUGGGAUAUGUCCUGUUCCUCAUCAAGAGAAGCACAUUCCUGCAUGCUAAAGUCAGAGAAGUGGUGUCAGACUGUGCAUUGCCGAUCUCUGUGGUCAUCUUCUCUUUUGUGGGCACUUACCUCUUCAUUGGCAUUCAGCUUCCAGUAUUCAACUUCCAGAAUGGAACUGUAUUCAAAGUGGCACCUUUUAAUCAGCUGACAGGGAUGAACAUAUUAAGCGCAUGUGGUCUUGGCUUUCUCCUUGCCUUGCUCAUCUUCAUUGACCAGAAUAUCGUGGUGUCCCUCACCAAUGCCCCAGAGAACAGACUGCUAAAGGGAACGGCGUACCACUGGGACCUGAUGCUCUCUGGGUUUAUCAACAUCUUGUUGUCUGUGCUGGGGUUACCAUGGAUGCACGCGGCUUUCCCACACUCCACGCUACAUGUGCGUCAGCUGGCGAGAGUGGAACAACGAAUGGAGGGGGGCCACCUCUAUGAAACGAUAGUCAGUGUAAAGGAAACGCGACUUACUUCGUUGGCUGCCAACAUCCUGAUUGGUUUGUCAGUGUUUUUGCUGCCAGUGCCUCUGCAAUGGAUACCGAAACCUGUUCUCUACGGACUCUUCCUGUACAUCGCCCUUACGUCUAUUGAUGGAAACCAGAUGUGUGACCGAAUGGCCCUUCUGCUUAAAGAACAAAUGUCGUAUCCACCCACUCACUACAUCCGCAGAGUGCCGCAGAGGAAGGUGCAUUAUUUCACAGGCCUUCAGAUUGUUCAGCUGAUCAUCCUGUGUGUGUUUGGGAUGUACCCUCUUCCCUACAUGAAGAUGAUCUUUCCUUUACUCAUGAUCAUGCUCAUCCCAGUAAGGAACUACUUGUUGCCAAAGAUCAUUGAAGCGAAGUACUUGGAUAUCAUUGAUUCUCAAUACAUGUAAAUGAAAAAAAAAAAGGGAAAACAUUAGCAUUAACACUUUUAAAGUGCUUAUACGGUAUGUAUUUUUGUUAGGAAAUGCGUUUUCUGGCUGUAAAAUGUGCCUUCAAUAUCUGUUAUGAAUUCAAUCUUUCUAAAGUAGUCCCUGCCCAUUUUUAUUUAUCUAGUGCAAUCAUAAACUCUUAUUUUUUUUUCUUCCCAUGAUUCUUAAGUGCCUCGAUGUUCAGUCACAGCAUGUAUCUGGCACUGGGAUUUGCAGUGAGCAAUAUUAUUAUUUUAUUUUGCCAUCUGAAGCUGCACACCGAAAUAUUUGAUCAAACAAUACAGCAGAACAAACACAUUUUAAAACACAAUCUCAACACAUUUCAUUCAGAGCUUACAGCCUUCUGACGUGUUUAGGUUUCAUAAAAUGCUUAAAUGUUCUAAUGCUGGUAUCCACUAGAUAGAUCUUUAAAAUCACAUCAUCACUACCAUAACCUUUGACUCUUAUUCAUAAUACAAAACAACUACCCUUUUGAAUGAAUGAUGAAAACAGUGUUAUACUUAUUCUCUGUCAAUGGAGAAAUGUGUCCCGCUCUCAAAACACAUCUUUGCAUUAUUGUG